AUGGCCCCAGGAAGAGUCCUCCUCUGCUCGCUGCUGCUCCUGUCGCUGCAGUUGGGCCUCGGCUGGGGCCCUGGUGCUCAGGGGACCCCGGUGGUGGAGGGUGAGCUCCGAGGGACCCAGAGGCCACAGCUGGGUGGCCGCCCGCGCCGAGCCCUGGCCAGCCCGUGCCAGCUGUGGAGCCUGUCCCUGCCUGUGGCUGAGCUGGGUCUGGGCUACGCGUCGGAGGAGACGGUCACCUUCCGCUACUGUGCGGGCAGCUGCCCCCGCGGCGCGCGCACCCAGCACGGCCUGACACUGGCCUGGCUGCGGGGCCAGGGCCGAGUCCUCGGCGGGCCCUGCUGCCGGCCCACCCGCUACGCCGACGUGGCCUUCCUCGACGACCGCCACCGCUGGCAGCGGCUGCCCCAGCUCUCGGCGGUGGCCUGCAGCUGCGGCUGAGGACGUCUGGCCUGGGGCCCCGCGGCCUCUCGAGGGGCUCUGCUGACUUAUUUAUUGGAGACCAGAGGGGAGG